GACAGCCUGCUGUCAAACUAGGUUGUCAAAGUUGUUUAGCUGUUAUUUUACACGUAAGAAGAGCCCGAAAAGAAUCCGCAGUAGUUAGUGUUAGAAAUAAAAAAGUGUCGGAAACUUAAAUAUCGUAAUAAAUGUCGUCGGAAGUUGACGUCUUUGACGACAGCGAGUCGCAAAUGGCUCACGAGGAUCUGGAGGAUGACGUGGUCCAGGAGGUCCUGACCAUGGGGACAGACCUGCGGCAAUAUUCCCGGCAGAUAGAAAAAGAACUGAAAGAAGUCGAGAAUAAAUCUAUUCAAGACUACAUAAAAGAAAGUCAAAACAUAGCCAGCUUGCAUAACCAAAUUGAUGCCUGUGACAAUAUUUUAGAGAAAAUGGAAUCUAUGCUACUGAGCUUCAAAACUGACCUCGGUAGCAUAAGUUCGGAAAUUUUAUACUUGCAACGAAAAUCUGUAGCCAUGAGCCAGCAGCUUUCCAAUCGCCAGGUCAUUCGAGGACCACUCAGUCAAUUCAUCGAGGACAUGACUGUUUCGGAAGCCCUCAUAAUGGGAAUCAUGGACUGCCCGGUCACUGAGAAGGAAUUUUUAACACAGCUGCAAACCUUGAAUCACAAGAUAAACUUUGUCAAAGAGCAAAGCUUCAAGGAAGCUAAAUCCUGCCAAGAUGUCAAAGAGAUACUUGAGAAACUGAAAAUCAAAGCAAUGUCCAAGAUCAGAACUUAUCUAUUGGAACAAAUAUACAAAUUUAGGAAACCAAUGACCAACUAUCAGGUCCCGCAAAAUAAUAUGCUCAAGUAUAAAUUCUUCUUCGAGUUUGUUUUGGCCAAUGAAAGGAAUGUUGCUGAAGAAAUAUGUGGGGAAUAUGUCGAUACAAUGAGCAAAAUUUAUUACUCUUACUUCAAGUCGUACUCGUCCCGACUAAAAAAACUGCAGUUCGAAGAAGCUGCCACUAAAGAUGACCUGAUGGGAGUUGAAGACACAGCUGGCAGAGGGAUCUUCCAUAAGACACCCCUCAAACAUCGAGGUACUGUUUUUUCAAUAGGCACCCGAGGAGAUGUUCUCAAUUCUCAAUUAGAAGCUCCAAUAAUUGUGCCGCAUACUGCGUCUAAGACAAGGUAUCACUACGAAGCUUUGUUUAGAAGUGAACAAUACGCGCUGGUGGAUAACGCUUGCAGAGAGUAUUUAUUCCUUUCGGAAUUUUUCAAAGUUCGAGGAACUCAGGCGAUGGAUAUUUUCGAUCAAGUGAUGGGUAAGACCUUGCAACUCCUACUCAAGAACCUGCAGUCCUUUGUGGAUGACUGUUAUGACACUAUAGCUCUCUUUCUUUGCUUGCAUUUGGUAAUGCGGUACCAAUUAACUUGCCAUAAACGAGCUGUCCCUGCACUAGACAAGUAUUGGGAUAAUCUCACCUCAGUUAUUUGGCCAAGGUUUGAGUAUGCCUUUCAGUUGAAUAUUCAAAGUAUCAAAGACUCUGAUCCCUGGAAAUUGAAUAAAGACAUAGGACCUCAUUAUAUUACCAGACGUUACGCAGAAUUCAGUGCCGCGAUGGUCGGAGUCGGAGAAGGAUUUCCAUGCGAAGGAGCUGCGCAGUUGUUGGCUGAAUUGAGAGAAGCUGUACAAUGCUUUUUACUCAGAAUGGCCGCAGUCUUUGUGCAGAGAACACAGCAGUUGGUGUUUCUGAUCAACAACUACGACUUGGUCCUUGGAGUCCUUAUGGAAAGAACCAGAGAUAAUUCAAAAGAAGCUGAAAGCUUUCGUGACAAAUUGAACGCCCGUUCCUCUGAGUAUGUCGAGGAAGUGUUGAGCCCUCAUUUUGGUGGCAUUAUACAGCUUGUUAAAGAAACCGAAGCUUUAUCUGAUAAGGGUCAAGCGGAAUAUUUUAAGCAACACGAAGGAACGGCCCUGGCUUUAGUCGAGGCUUUUACUCAGUGUUGGAAAAACGAGUUGGCAUCGAUAAAUAGCGAAGUUCUGAGAUCGUUUCCAAGCUUAGUUUUAGGAGGCGCAUUGCUUCAAAGAACUUUAACUCAGUUUGUUCAGUAUUAUCACCGUUUGCAUAAAAUUUUACCCGCAAAUGCCAGAGCUCGAUUGACAAACAUCCAUCAUAUUAUGGUAGAGAUUAAAAAAUAUAGAACAAAUUAUUAAAAAUAUUUUUAGAAUAAUUGUUAAUAGCGUAAGAUUGUCAAACGGAAUCUCGCCCAAAAUUUGUCAACUCUUACUCGAGUUAGUAAAUAU